CUUUUUACUCCAGAUGUCAACAGAAGCCAUGGAGCUAACCGAAGCAGCGUCCGACUCCGGUCUCCAAGACCUGGCUUCUGUCGAGAGGCUGAUGAUCACCAAGAAGGUGGCCAUGAAACAGCUCCUGUCGCUGCAGAGUCAGCGGAGCCGGUACAUCAUCAGGGCGGCUGACAACGCGCUCGCCUACUCCGUUCUGGAGGAAAACACCUGGUGGCUGGGCUUCCUCUGCUACGGCCUGCGGCCCUGCCAACUCAAGAUCUUCAACAAGGUCGGAGACGAGAUCAUCAGGAUCCUGCGGCCCUUCGCCUUCACCACGAGGGUCACCCCGUGCCAGCUGCAACGGAUGGAGGUGUACUCUCCUCCAGACACGUUGAUCGGUACCGUCGAGCAAAUUUGGACCCCCAUGAAGCCGUGCUACUCCAUCAAGGGUCCCGAUGGAGAGGAUCUCUUCUCCGUGCAAGGACCAGCAAACACGCUUGGCAUCUACCGCGAUCUGCACUUCGAGAUCGUGCGGCCCGCUGGCGACCGCGUUGGUAGCACCUGGAAACGCUGGAGGGGGCUAGCACAUGCGCUGUUCCGCUCCCCCACGCUGGACAAGUUUGGGCUGGCGUUCCAGAGAGACCUCUCAGUGGAAGAGAAAGCGCUGCUCCUGGCCAGCUCCCUGCUCAUCGACUACAUGUACUUCGACACAUAA